AUGUCCGAUCUGAUAGAACCGGAUUUCGUCACUGGUUCAGCAGAUCACACGCCAAACCCCUUUGCUGACCCCGUUACAGACACACUCCCCACAUUUGGACGCGGCACUCUGGAUGAGCCAGUGGCACAAACUCUCAAACGGGAUCUGGUACAGAUUAACACCAGGUUGAAAGAGGUUGUGUACCCUCAGUUCCCACUACGAAACCCUUUGACGUCUGUGAAUAGCGACAACGACGACUUGGAAGGAAAUGCACACUCCGCAUUACAGGACAAUCACUGUGCCGAUCUGUGGGCCCCAUUGUUGUUCACAAUUGCUUUCAGCGUGGCUCUUUCCCGGGCAUCGUCGCGGUUUCCACCCAUUUUCGUUCUUUGCUGGGCCUCUUUAGCCGUCUUAGCUGCCCAUCUCACACUCAAUAGCACUACGGAAAACGGCAAAAUCCCAUUUCUGGCUGCCGUGUCCACUUGUGGUUACUGUUUUUUCCCACAGGUCAUCAACGCUGUCACGAGCUCGGUGCUGCUGCCCUUGAUGGUAUCCUUUCUUCACACCGGACCUUUGAAAUUCCGCAUAACGAGCAUUGCGCGGCUUUUCAUAUUUUUCGCCUGUGUGUUUUGGUCCUGCCGCUGCUCCAUCAAUGCCACCAAAGCCAAACGUUUCAUGAAUCAGUAUCCGCUAGUACUUAUACUGGUAACGCUUAAUUGGUCGUGUUUGGUGGCCUAA